CAUAUAACCGGAAAAGGGCCGAUUGCGAUCCCCAGAAUGCUAGUUUGAAAGUUUUCUGUUUGUUUUCGAGAGAGAAAUUGCAACUGGAGGUGAGAGCUAUACAAGUUGGACUUCUUAGGCCCAUUUUCACUGUAAGCUUCACUUGUGCAUCUUAGCCCAAUUUCUGUAGUAACCAGCAACUGUCAAGUAACCCUCCAUUUCUAAAUGCCUAAUACGUUUUUGGCAAUCUUGGGAAACUCUCUAGAUCAUUUCAUCAAACAAUUUGGCUGCAAAAACAGAAGCCUAAAUUCUAAGCAACUUCCGGCGGAUUUCAUCAUAUCUUCAGAGAACUGAAGCCAUACUGAAGAUGGAUGGUAGUAACUCAUUGAGCAGUGAGCUGAAGUUUCAAGUCCGGAAGUUGGAGAAAUCAGACAAAAGCAAAGGUUUUAUAGAGCUAUUGCAACAGCUAACUGUGUGUGAUUCUGUAUCAGACAAGGAAUUUGAAGAACGAUUUCAAGAGAUCAGCUCUUAUGGUAAUGACCAUCUGAUUUGUGUAAUUGAAGAUGAUCAAUCUGGGAAAAUUAUUGCAACUGGGAGUGUGUUUAUUGAAAAGAAGUUCAUAAGGAAUUGUGGUAAAGUUGGGCAUAUUGAAGAUGUUGUGGUUGAUUCCACUGCUCGGGGUCAACAAUUAGGAAAGAAAAUUAUUGAGUUCCUGACAGAUCAUGCUCAUUCAAUGGGAUGCUACAAAAUCAUUCUUGACUGCAGUAAUGAGAACAAAGCCUUUUAUGAGAAGUGUGGAUUCAAGCAGAAAGAAAUUCAGAUGGUUAGGUAUUUCAUCUGAGAACACAUGUUGUCCUCUGAGAAUUGAAAUUUGCGAAUCUGUUGUCAAUUUUUGCUGGAUUAUACUGGAGAUUAUUUUUAUAGAAAUGAGAAAAUUUUUAUGUUAUUGUGGUAAAUAGAGCAAUGAUUUUGGUGCA